UCAGGAAACAGGUUAUCAGGCAACAGGUUAUCUUCAAAAAGCAGUUUGAGGACAGCCAUAUUGUUAGGUUCAGUUUACGGUGCCACAAGAUGGAAGAGAAGGGCUAGCUAUAGGUCUAAGGGGAGUUUGCCAGAAGUCUGCUACAAUGACAGAUAUGAUAAAAAUGCAUGGGGCAAUGUGUCGUAUGUGGGGCGUUUCCUUUGCCCCACAGAUGACAGUAUGGGGGAUGACCACACCUACUGCUGUGGUGACGUGGGGCAACAGUACUGCUGUACAUUCUGGGAUGAUGGAGGAAGAGUGGCUGGGGUCGUAAUUGGAAUAAUUGUGGUAGCGGGGAUUAUUUUCAUUGGUUGUUAUUGUUGUAUCAAGAGACGCAAGCACAGUCAAGGUUCAGUUGUUCGCAGCCCUCCAAAAACCAAUUACCAACCAGCAGAUUAUCAAGAUCAGAGUGUCCCACUCAGAUCCCCUUAUAAUCAUGACAAUGGUCCAAUGUCAAGUUACCCAAUGACCAAACCGCCUUACCCUGGACAGGAAAACGGCCCACCCCCCUCUGGUGCUCCCCCUCCCUAUGACUCUGCCACAGCUGGUCAGGGAAACCUACCCUACGACCCAAAUCCAACAGGGAAUUUGCCUUAUCCUGUAAAUCCACCACCAUUUCAAUACCAAGAUGGGGAGAAGCCACCAAUGUCCUCUAACGGAUCUCUGCCCUACCCCCUACACCCACCGUCUGCACCCUCGGCACCACCCUAUGGUGAGGCACCCUACCCCACAGGCAACGCCCCCUACCCACCAGCUGGAAACAUGCCAUACCCACCAAACAACACUCCCUACCCAAAUCAGUAGGACUUAAGGGAGUGUGUGGGUGGGGGUAUUAUUGAAUUUUUUUGUACGGAUCUACUUCUUAUGGCAAUUUCUUCAAUGUAAACGUAUACAUGUACUUUAAGAUUUUUAUCAAACUUUUUAUGGACAUGUUUUGAACCUUGUGAACCAUUGAUAUUUUAAAAUUUAUUAUUGUUGGAUUUUAUAUUUGAUGUUUUGGAUAAAUUUAAUGAUUUUUUAUGUUAACUUUUUUUCUAAGUUGUUGAACAAAAAGAAGUUUAAUAUUACUAUUUUUUUUAUUAUUUAUUUGUAGUGUUUUUAAGAACCAGUAUUUCUGCUGGAUUGAAAAAAGAGAUUUUUUUCUCUUGUUUUCACUGUUGUGAUUACUGUGAAUAUUUACUAUACUGAAAUAUUUCAGAAAUAUAUCACUUUAUUUAGAAAAGUGUCCUACAUCUGUUAAAAUAAGAAACAUGUUUGUUUAAUUUAACUAUGGUUGCAUACCUAUAGUUAUAUUUCAAAAUGGCAAUGACUUUUAAGUUUGGUAUUUCAUCUUAUUUCAUUUUAAAAGCAUUUAAUCUUGUAACUUUUUUGGCUAACUAUAAAUCAUUAAAUGUAAGUAAAAUUGAAAGAAUAAAUGAUUAGUAAUUAGGGAAAAACUGAGAGAAAAAAGGGGAGAAAAGAUAAAGAUCAAGUUUUUCUAGAUUUAUUACAAAUUUAUAUGUAUAUUUUUGCAUAGAAAAAAUAGAUCUACUAAACACACACUAGAAAUAAUAAAUAAUUUCAAAUUUUCAUGAACAUUCCAUGCCUGUUACCUCGAAAGUUACCUCCGAAUGUAUUGAUUCUAUAAUACUGAUGCAUUAUGCAUUUAAUUAAAGAUUUAAAAUUAGUCUUUUUAUCAGCUCAUUAUACAAUAAUUAAAAUUUUAUCUAUUGGUAAUGCUAUGUUUAAGUCAUAUGACUUGAAAGAUUCUACAAAGAGGCAUUUCAAAAUUGGAUAAAUGAUUCAAUAAAAGUACAUGUAUCCUUUAAUAUUUGAAAUGGUUGUAAAUUCAAUUUCAUUUAAAGUCCGAUUGAGAUUGUACAUUUAUUUAUUUUUUUUCGUAUUUUUCAUUCUUGAUGGUACUUUUAUUUGUUGAUAUAUCAUGUAUAUCAAUAUUUAGUUUUAUUUAAUGUGAGCAUUGAUGGGAAAUUUCAUCAUUUAAUGCAGAAUUGGUUUUGAUGUGUUGUUAUUUAUCCUCAUUGAGAAAUUUAUUUUCUGCAGUAGAAAGUACUACAUCACAAAUAAUGGGGAUUGUGGGUAUUUUAUACAAUAGAAAUUAUCUGGUCACUGUGUUUUCAUUUUGUUGUGUCAGAUUAAAAUAAAAAGUUCAAACUUUCAUGAAAUGGUGUAUAGUUUCAUAUAUUUUGAUUCUGAAUGAUUAAAAAAAUAUCCCUGGAUAUCACCACUGUGAACAAGUCAAGAUCUGUGUUAUAUUUCACAAACACAAAAUUUUCUCUUAAUAACUCUGUUGUGGAGGAAAGAAAAAUAACUCUCCACUUUAAAACAAGAGAAUGCAGAUCGAAUUAAAUGUUUUUUCUUUUAAAUAGAUUUGUUGUUGAAGUACAUGUAUAAGAUUGACAUGACUUUUUGUAUUCUAUGUACAAUGUACAUAUAUGUGAUGUACUAUUUACUCUAAGGAAUGUUUACCUGAAUGUCGCUGAUGUUGUGUUCUAUGGAACAUGUAUUCUUUUAUAGUUUAUACAAACUCUCAAUGUUAUGAUGUCCUUAAACUGCUUUUUAGCUCACCUGAGCUGAAAAGCUAAAGUGAGCUUUUCUGAUCACCCAAUGUCUGUCGUCCAUCCGUCCCCCAGUCUAGCUGUGUGUCCUUCCAUCUGUAAACUUUUCAAAUUUUCAACUUCUUCUCAAGAACCACUGGGCCAAUUUAAAUCAGACUUGAUACAAAGCAUCCUUGGGUGAAGGGGAGUUUAAAUUAUUAAAAUGAAGGCCUUCCAAGGGAAGAUAAUCAAGACAAGACAGGGUCAUUAAAAACUUUCUUCUCAAGAACCACUGGCCAUUAAAGCUGAAAUAUAUGUGGAAGUGUCCUCAGAUAGUAUAGAUUCUAAAUUCUCAAAUCAUGACCUCCAGGGUAAAACGGGACCACAAUAGACAAUCCAAGUUUUACAUUAAAUUAUAUUAGAAAAAUCCUUUCCUCAAGAACCACAUCAAGAAAGCUGAAACUUAUGUGGAAGCAUCCUGGGUCAGGUUAGAUUCAAAAUUUUCCAAAUAAUGAUCCCUGGGGGUAGGUUGGGCCACUAUAGGUGUAACGAGGGGGAGAAUCUGGUGAAGAAUAGCAUGGCCAAAGUAAGUCUGGUGAGCGGUGUGGCCCAUGGGCCUCUUGUUUUUUAUUGUUAUAAUGCAGGUGCUGGUCUUUUAUGCCAUCAGAGGUUUUAUAUACUCGGAUUUUUUACUGUGUCAGUUUUUCUUAAAUUUUCAUUUUUAAAAAAAAAUUAAACCACCUUUGCCAAGUUUAUAUCACAGGAAUCUGAAGUUUUUAUCACCCACCCCCCC